UCUCAACACUUUUAUGCAUAUUUUCCCAAGCCAUUAUGCUACGGUUUGUUCUGCUUGGAGCUGUCUUGAUAAGUGCAAGUCUUGUUGUGGGCAGAUCCAGACCUGAAAAAAGGGGCUGUAACUACAACAUGAUGUACCUCAAAAUCGGAAAAAAGGUCUACAGGGGAUGCGAGGAAUGCGAAUGCAUGCCGAACGGAGAAAUGGAAUGUAGUGAAGGAACUGCAUGUUGUCAAUACCUUGACAAAAAAGGAAAGACUAAACGAGCUUACCCUGGUGACUCCUACCAUGACGGGUGUAACCAAUGCACCUGUGGAGAUGAGGGCGGUAUGGGAGCUUGCACCCGGAUGGCAUGUCCUGAUAAAUGUGCCUACAAGAACUGGGAUUUGAUCUCUGGGUAUGCUAAAAAGGGGAACGUUCAUGCGUACGAUGAGGAAAGAGGCUGUCCUAGAAUAUGCAAGUGCAAGGUGAAGAAAGGGCAGGCAACCCUUCAGUGUAAAACACCAUGUGUUUAUUUCUAAACCAAGUUUAAGUUGAUAGUUGCGAUAAGUUGUUUUAAUAGCAUUGACGAAAAACAAUCUUUCCAAAAAAUUAAUCAUGUUUUUUAAAACUAUCCUUUAUAUGAUUUCAUCAAAAUAUUUUACAUCCGAAUACAUAUUAUCUGUUAAAAAUAUUAUUAUCAUAUUUCAUUAAUAGCAAACCAA